AGAUAUCUGGAAUUACUGUUUGCAAGAUGUGUGCGGUGGAUCAUCAAAGACCCUGGUAUGUGAUGAGGGGUCCAUCAUCCUUAUCUACAACGUCCAAAAGGCUACAAACAGUGCUUUUCAGAACCGAUCGUUUCAAAACUUCCGAAACAGCUGUAUGGGCCGGAAAGAGUGUCAGCUGAACAACAUUUGCCCGGACAAUAAAAGCAUUCGACUAAAAGUCACCUAUACUUGUGUCAAAGAAACCCAAAGAAUAAAAUCUUGCAGCCAAAGUGAACUCUCGAAACCAAAGGGCUUCAUCCAGAAUGAGAAAUAUCCUUCCAUGUCUAUCAUUGGAGUUUGCCAAUGGAAAAUCCAUGUUCCUCAGGAGUCUUUCAUUAUACUGCGUCUUCAUGAUGUCAUGCUUCAGCAACCAUCGAAAGGGGCUUGUGCAGUUGGCUUAAGGAUAGUCACUGAGAGACCAUGUGAAGGCCACAACUUCACCAGUGAAAUUAUUUGUAGAAGCAAACAGAGUUUUCAAUCCAGAUAUUUUCUCGCCUGUGGUAAUGUGACUGUGAUGCAGGUCAGCAACACAGUAAUGCACCGUUUUCGGUUUUGGAUUUCUUAUGAAGUACAGACAUUUGCCGCUAAUAAGCUGUCCUAUCUUUAUGAUAAAAAUCUAAACUGCAUCGACUCUAAAGUAGGGUACCAGACCUGGAAAGUUGACCAAGUGAACAGCCCUCACCUUAGCCAUGUUUCUUCUAACCAUUCCAUUCUCUCAGAGACAACUAAGUUACCAUUCAAUGCAACAUCACCAGGGAGCGACUCGGACAACUUCAACGGAACAUUAAAUACAAGCAACAAAAUGAAGCCAUCAGUUCCUCUGUAUAACUUAAAACUCAUACUGGCAAUUGGUGCACCAUUGUUGGCAAUCAUCUUAUUUGUUUCCAUUGGAAUAUGUUACUGGAGAAGUAAAAGAAGUAAAAGAAAGAACAAUCCCGUAUCAGCCAAAGAUGCUGCUGUCCAGACACUGGUUUCUCGGAACAUAGAAAACGUCCGACAUGCUAAUGGAAUACUGCCCUUGCAAUGCUCAGACAGACACCACCCAGCUAUACAGGAAGGAUACAGUCAUGUUGCCGACGAAGUUCCGUUCCCAGAAGCAGCCAAAAUGAUUGACGCCACAGUCAACACUUGUGAAGCCUAUACUGAGGUGGAUGAAGGACAAAUAGGGACCGUCAAGCCCUUGUCCGAUAGAUUUCGAUACCAUAUUGCUCGUUCUCUGCCUGCUCUGCCUGGGAAAAAAUCGUCAUCCAACGACGAAUGGACAUCCACCAGAUCACGAGGUUCUAGUAGCCGUGCUUCAAUUGGUAGUGAAAAUGACUAUCAGAAAGCUAUCUAUGAAGAAAUUCCUGAUUAUUACGAAUGCAAAAAGCAUCCUUCGAAUUAUUCUCCAAGAGUGUCAGAACCAAGUUCCGUAGAAACAGAUUCAGGAAUUGAAUCUGAAGACAAACUAGCUCGCAGUCGUUUGGAACGUAUUCAAAAUCCAACGAAUCCUGGUGCUUUGCCUCCUUAUUGUAAUCUUAAUUCUAAUCUUAAAACUAAUACCAAUUCUUCAUCGUCGUCGACGUCAUCUUCGUCGUCUGGGUCUCACAAAUCUCCCCCAAUUCCAGCCCUCAAUCCAAGAGGUGAAAUUAAAUCAGACGACAUGUCACAAGACGUAACAGAUCCUAAAUAUCAUGUGGUAGAAAGGAAUUGCACACAGAACAAUGUCGGAGAGACAAACUGUAGAGGACAUUCAAUCGCUAGAUCUGGUGAUGAUGGUUUAGUGUUAUUAGAAAAUGAAAUAUAUGAGCCUUAUUAUCAACAGACAGACUGAAAAUACGAGUGAAUGUGUGUGAUAAAAUAUCUGUUCUCUAAUCAAGAAAACUUGCUUUAAAAUACUAAAAACAUCACCACCAAUUUACCAAUAUUUCACAAUGGAAAAAAACCCUAUUUCCUUCAUAAUUAUUAAGAAUUAACAGGAAGAAAUUGUAAGAAGAACUGGUCAGGAUUUUCAUGUCACUGUUUCAUAGCUUUCUUGCAUUUCUUUAAAACAAAAAAAAAACA